AUGGCUGCAGCAGCUAGUGCUCGCAUGAUUGUGUGGGAGACCGCCUGGGACCGUUCUCCUGGGGACGCUCGGAGCGCAGAAAGCGACGAGCGAGAUCAUCCAAAGGUUGCCAAGGGCUGUGGUCUAGAAACCCACGUGAAUGCUGUUAAACGAUGGUUAUCGAAUGUAUCCGAGUCGUGGACCCUGAUCGUAGAGGUGUACGACAGUGGAGUCUGUGGAUGA